AUGUCAACUCCGGCUAGGAAGAGACUGAUGAGAGAUUUCAAGAGGCUGCAACUAGAUCCACCUGCAGGAAUCAGUGGUGCUCCUCAGGAUAACAACAUCAUGCUGUGGAAUGCUGUUAUAUUUGGUCCUGAUGAUACUCCAUGGGAUGGAGGCACGUUUAAGUUGACCCUUCAAUUUUCUGAGGAUUAUCCAAACAAGCCACCCACUGUACGGUUUGUCUCCCGAAUGUUUCAUCCAAACAUUUAUGCUGAUGGAAGUAUUUGCCUGGAUAUAUUGCAAAAUCAGUGGAGUCCUAUAUAUGAUGUAGCUGCAAUUCUCACUUCUAUCCAGUCAUUGCUUUGUGAUCCCAAUCCAAAUUCUCCUGCAAACUCUGAAGCAGCACGGAUGUAUAGCGAGAACAAGCGCGAGUACAAUAGAAGAGUUCGGGAGACUGUGGAGCAGAGUUGGACAGCCGACUAA